AGAACAAUUGCUUCCUUCUGCGCACGCUGGACAGAUGGUGGCUACCAGGCGGGUAACGCGACGGAGUCAGUCGAAGGCAAGGAGCCAAGCUCUCCUUGCGGCUGCAGAGCAGACUGCAAUGCAAGACAGCCCAUCUGCGAGGACAACUAGGAGCAGAACAAGAAUGAUUUCCCAUACAAAAGUCAUUUCUGAAUCUCAUCCUGCAGAAACGAAAGCUUCUGAAACAAAAUUGGAUGCAGAAGAGCCUUUAGAAGCACGCAUAGUCUUGAGUAAGGGUAAAUUUGGGUGCCUAGCAGAUUCAGCAGCAGAACCGCAAGCUGAUGGAAAUGUUUCAGAAGCAGAAUCAACCUGUUCUUCUGUGUCUGGUCUUCAGACACCAUUAUUUAUACGAAUAACAAGAAGGCGGCAAAUUGUAAUUCCUUGUGCCCCGGAGACUUCAGCUAAAAACAGGCAAAGCAAGAAAGCGGUUGCAAAUGAAGGUAAUAAUUGUCAAGACAAUGAUGAUGUUUCUGAAGCAGAGUCAUGUUCUUCUGCUGUAUCAGGAACAAGGACCCCAAGAACUGGAAGGAAGUCUAGGCACCGACAGCCCAAGGUUAAUAUAACACCAGUGUGUGAGCUUCAAACUGAAGAGGUUUCUGAUGCUGAAUCGUGGUGCUCAGGUAUUUCCUUAGAACCUUCUGGCCCAUUUAAACGAGUGACCAGGAGUAUGCGACUAAGAUUGCAAACAGAAACAAUAUCCCAGACUGAAAGAAAAAAUGAUGCUUUAGGAGAGGAUGCAGAAGCACCGGAGUGUGUAAUUACAUCCCAGACAAUAGUAAUCUCUGAUUCGGAAGAACCCACCAUUUCUGAUUUAAAUGCCAAAGAAGCACCUUCUGCUUCUUCAGACUGGAUAAAAGAGCACCUUAGCCCCAGUAAAACGAAGUGUCUUUCUGAGUCUGUUGCCAGCAGUGAUCCAGAAUGGAUUUUCCCAAGCAGUGCUGAAGAACUAACAAGGGAAUGUAAUAAAAAUUUGUCUAAACAGGAAAUGUUAAAGGACAAUGAUUAUGAAUUGGAGCAAAAUGACAAGCUUGUAAGGGAAUCUGUUUCAAAACAAAAAGUGGAUAUAAAUGAAAUAGUUGAGAGUCCAGAGGGAGUAUGUGAUCAAUCUUUGGAAAAACUCAGAAAGGUAACUGAAAACCAGUUGCCUUCAAAGAAUUCAAGUAUAUCCCCAUGUGAUCCAGGAAACCUUAAGCAAUCUAAUGAGUCCUCAAGAAAAGCAACAGCAAAUAAAAACCAGAGGUUAAAACCCAAAAAAGUUAGUGAGAGCUGUUUACAUAAAAGAGAAGGAAUACUAGAUAGAGGUGCCUUUUCUGAAGUAGGUAGCCCCACAGACAAAAUUAGCUCAUCACAGACUGUUAACAGGGAUGACUGCAGACCUUCUGUUUCAAGCAUAGACAGUGAUGGAAGCCUGAAAGAGGCAGUUGCUGAACCUUCUUCGUGUGCAACCAAAGCCAGGGGAGAUAAGAAAGAUCUCUCUCUGUCUCUUCUUAUAUCUGAAAACAAUGACUUAGAAAAACUGAAAAGCAGUGAAAUAAUUACUGGAUAUGUUGAAGGAAGUAGUGAAAGCAUCCUGGGAGGAGACAGGUCAAACAGUGAAGAGCUGUUUGUCAUUGAUAAAACUCCUGGCUUAGGUUCUCACAAAGAUUAUUAUUUUGAGGAAAAACAAAGUGAAGACUCAUCAGAGGUGGAAGAAAGUGAAGAGGAGUUCAUGGAUGAGGAUGAAGAUGAAUUAAAUGCAAACAGUGGACUAAUAUCAUUUUCAAGCAGCAUUGAUCCUGGCCUAAACAUUAAACAAUUUGGAGGCUUAUAUAUUAAUUUUGACUCAGGAAAGCAGAACCCUGGAUCCCAUGAAGUUCUACCGCUGAAAGAGAAAAAAACAGAUGAGCUUUUGCAGAAGAGUAUUAUAACUCCCGAUUUUGAGAAAAAGGAAUGUGUUCCACCUUUAAGAGAAUCAGCCCAUCAGUUAAAGAAGCAACGUAGGGCAGAGCGAGCAAAAACAACAGGUGAUGGUUGGUUUGGUAUGAAAGCUCCAGAAAUGACUGAGGAAUUGAAAAACGACCUUAAAGCUCUGAAGAUGAGAGCAGUCAUAGAUCCUAAACGAUUUUAUAAAAAGAAUGAUAGGGAAGGUCUCCCCAGACACUUUCAGGUUGGAACUAUUGUGGAUUCUCCAGUAGAUUACUAUCAUGCUCGUAUUCCCAAGAAAGAGAGGAAGAAAACAAUUGUGGAUGAACUUCUAGCAGAUUCUGAGUUUAGACGAUACAAUAAAAGGAAGUACCAAGACAUAAUUGCUGAGAAAGCGGCCCUUGCAGCAGGAAAGAAAAAUCGGAAGAAGAAGAAAUUUCACAAAUAGAUUUUGACAGCAAAAUGCUUUUUAAUGGUGAAUUUAUGAGUAAAAAUUUUGCACAAAUAGUCAGCUAAGAUUAAUCACAUUAACAACAAGAGGACAAGGAAUGGUAUAGGGCUUUUUCGAAUAAUAUUUUGGAACUGAAAAGGAAAUCUUGUGUUAAGAACUGAUGAAAAUAUGCAACGGAGGAUGACGUUAAAUUUUAGAAGAAAAAAGUAAUCCAGUUUACAAUCAAAGUGUCAAUUUAAAUUAAAAUGGCAAUUAGUGUAACAUUAAAAAUCAUAUAAAAUUAUGUUUGAAAUGUGGCUGCUGUAGAAGUAUAUCCUCUUUGUAUAUCUAUUAAAAUACUUUUUAAAG